AAGCUGCUGGACUCUCAGAGCCAUGGGGACAUCACCGGAUAUGAGGUGAAGUGGGAGAAGACUGACGAGAAAAACCAUCUGAAUCGGACCUUCCUAACUCCUGACAUUUACAACCACACCCUGAGUCUGGACACGACACAACAACACGUUGUCACGGUUACAGCAAAGAACAAAUAUGGCCGCUCACCGUUAUCAACCAUCAUCAUUCCAGCCAUGGGUCCAGGUGGGACUGAGGUGAAGACAUUCUCAAUAAUUGGCAGCAACAGAAACUUGGACCUGUCCUGGCCCCAGAGUCUUACAGCCAGCUGUGGCUACAUUGUGGUCUGGAGUCCUGCGGUUGGGUUUGGUCCUGUGGAGUGGCUAAAACUACCCCCCAACCGGUCUACGGUCCGGAUCAGUUCAGAACACCUGACAGAAGGACUCAGGUACUUGUUGUUGAUUUAUGCCUGCACCAAAGGUGCUCCGGUACUGCUGGAGAAAAGAGAAGGUUACAUUGCAGAGACACGUGAGGUCACAUUUCUCUAACGUUUUCUGGACUCUCCA